CCUCCCCGCCUGCGCGCCCGCCCCAGCUAUCAUGGCGGCUCCCUUGGCCCUGGUGCUGGUGGUGGCUGUGACCGUGCGGGCGGCCUUGUUCCGCUGCAGCUUGGCCGAGUUCAUUUCCGAGCGGGUGGAGGUGGUGUCUCCACUGAGCUCUUGGAAAAGAGUGGUUGAAGGCCUCUCACUGUUGGACUUGGGAGUGUCUCCAUAUUCUGGAGCAGUAUUCCAUGAAACUCCAUUAAUAAUAUACCUUUUUCAUUUCCUGAUUGACUAUGCUGAAUUGGUAUUUAUGAUAACUGACGCACUCACUGCUAUUGCCCUGUAUUUUGCAAUCCAGGACUUCAAUAAACUUGUGUUUAAAAAGCAGAAACUUCUCUUAGAACUGGACCAGUAUGCCCCAGAUGUGGCCGAACUCAUCCGAACCCCUAUGGAAAUGCGUUACAUCCCUCUGAAAGUAGCCCUGUUCUAUCUCUUAAAUCCCUACACGGUCUUGUCUUGUGUUGCCAAGUCUACCUGCGCGAUCAACAACACCCUCGUUGCUUUCUUCAUUUUGGCUACAAUAAAAGGCAGUGCCUUCCUCAGUGCAAUUUUUCUUGCCUUAGCAACGUACCAGUCUCUGUACCCACUCACCUUGUUUGUCCCAGGACUCCUCUAUCUUCUCCAGCGGCAGUACAUACCAGUGAAAGUCAAGAGCAAAGCCUUCUGGAUCUUCUCUUGGGAGUAUGCCAUGAUGUAUGUGGGAAGCCUAGUGGUAAUUGUUUGCCUAUCGUUCUUCCUUCUCAGCUCCUGGGAUUUCAUCCCUGCAGUCUAUGGCUUCAUACUUUCUGUUCCAGAUCUCACUCCAAACAUUGGUCUUUUCUGGUACUUCUUUGCAGAGAUGUUUGAGCACUUCAGCCUCUUCUUUGUAUGCGUGUUUCAGAUCAACGUCUUCUUCUACACCGUCCCCUUAGCCAUAAAGCUAAAGGAGCACCCCAUGUUCUUCAUGUUCAUCCAGAUUGCUGUCAUCUCCAUCUUCAAGUCCUACCCAACAGUAGGGGACGUAGCACUCUACAUGGCUUUCUUCCCCGUGUGGAACCAUCUCUACAGAUUCCUGCGAAACAUCUUUGUCCUCACCUGUAUCAUUAUCGUCUGUUCCCUGCUUUUCCCUGUCCUGUGGCACCUCUGGAUUUAUGCGGGAAGUGCCAACUCUAAUUUCUAUUAUGCCAUCACACUGACCUUCAACGUUGGGCAGAUCCUGCUCAUCUCUGAUUACUUCUACGCCUUCCUGCGGCGAGAGUACUACCUCACACAUGGUCUCUACUUGACUGCCAAGGACGGCACGGAAGCCAUGCUUGUGCUCAAGUAGGCCUGACUGAGCACAGGGCUGCACGGACUUCAGGGGGAUGGAAAAGCCAGGAGCUGGACCGUGCCCUCCAACCAGGAUUGCCAGGAGGCUAGUCCCUGGGUAGAUGGGGGUUCAAGUCCAGGAUUACAAAUUCUUGGCACCAGAUGGGGGCCGUGGCUGGCCUGUGGGGAGGAUCCAGGAGCACCUCACCUUGGACCCCCACUUUGUGGCUUGCACACCAAGGAGCUCCCUCGUAGGCAGAAAGGAGGAAGAUGCAGGUGGGCAGGACUUGUUGGGUUGUGGCUACUUAAUAAAUGUUUUUGUUAUGAAGAUGUCUA